GCCAGGCCGGGCCCUGCGCCGCGCAGCCAGGCAGCCUCGCGCGCAGCCACCGGGGAGCAGGCGGGGGCCAUGCAGCGGUCUUGAGCGCGCCGGGCCGGCGCUGAGGAGAGCGCGCGGCGGGCGGGCGGGCGGCCCAGCAUGGAGCUAAGCCUGGAGAGCCUCGGGGGCCUGCACGGCGUGGCCCACGCGCAGGCGGGCGAGCUGCUGAGCCCGGGCCACGCGCGCUCGGCGGCAACGCAGCACCGCGGUCUGGUGGCACCCGGGCGCCCGGGGCUGGUAGCGGGCAUGGCGAGCCUGCUGGACGGCGGCGGCGGCGGCGGUGCCGGGGGCGCGGGCGGCGCGGGUAGCGCGAGCGGCGGCGCCGACUUCCGCGGGGAGCUGGCGGGCCCGCUGCACCCGGCCAUGGGCAUGGCCUGCGAGGCGCCCGGCCUGGGCGGCACCUACACGACGCUCACGCCCCUGCAGCACCUGCCGCCGCUCGCGGCUGUGGCGGACAAGUUCCACCAGCACGCGGCGGCCGCGGCCGUAGCCGGGGCUCACGGCGGCCACCCCCACGCGCAUCCGCACCCGGCGGCCGCGCCGCCCCCGCCGCCCCCGCCUCAGCGCUUGGCGGCCAGCGUGAGCGGCAGCUUCACCCUCAUGCGCGACGAGCGCGCUGCGCUCGCCUCCGUGGGCCACCUCUACGGGCCCUACGGCAAAGAGCUGCCCGCCAUGGGGUCGCCGCUGUCGCCUCUGCCCAACCCGCUGCCGCCCGCUCUGCACGGGGCCCCGCAGCCCCAGCCGCCGCCGCCGCCCCCACCGCUGGCCGCUUACGGCGCUCCGAGUCACCUGGCCGGGGACAAGCUGCUGCCGCCCGCCGCCUUCGAACCGCACGCCGCGCUGCUGGGGCGCGCCGAGGACGCGCUGGCCCGCGGGCUGCCGGGAGGCGGCGGCGGCGGCGGCGCGGGCGGCGGGGGCUCCGCUGGGCUGCUGGCGCCGCUGGGCGGGCUGGCGGCGGCCGGGGCGCACGGUCCGCACGCGGGCGGCGGCGGCCCAGGCGGCGGCGGCGGCCCCGGGGCUGGCGCGGCGGCCGAGGAGAUCAACACCAAGGAGGUGGCGCAGCGCAUCACGGCGGAGCUGAAACGCUACAGCAUCCCGCAAGCCAUCUUCGCGCAGCGCAUCCUGUGCCGCUCGCAGGGCACGCUCUCCGACCUGCUGCGCAACCCCAAGCCGUGGAGCAAGCUCAAGUCGGGCCGCGAGACCUUCCGCAGGAUGUGGAAGUGGCUGCAGGAGCCCGAGUUCCAGCGCAUGUCGGCGCUGCGCCUCGCAGCCUGCAAGCGCAAGGAGCAGGAGCAGCAGAAGGAGCGCGCUCUGCAGCCCAAGAAGCAGCGCCUGGUGUUCACCGACCUGCAGCGACGCACGCUGAUCGCCAUCUUUAAGGAGAACAAACGGCCGUCCAAGGAAAUGCAGGUCACCAUCUCGCAGCAGCUCGGCCUGGAGCUCAACACCGUCAGCAAUUUCUUCAUGAACGCGCGGCGCCGCUGCAUGAACCGCUGGGCCGAGGAGCCCGGCGCGGCCCCCGGGGGUCCCGCCGGCGCCGCCACCUUCUCCAAGGCGUGAGGCGCCCCAGCUCCGCGCCCUCCCUGCGUCCAUGGUCUGGGCGCUGCCCUCCCGCACCUCCCACCCCACCCAGACGGCCCGGAGACCCGCCCCUGGGGCCACCUGGAGGGGGUGCAGUCCGGGCCUCCCACACCCAGGGGGGGGACGCAGCACGUCCCUCAGCCCAAGUGCACAAAAGGGCCCCCCUCCUCCCUCCGUCCCACCCCUCCAGGCCAAAGGAAGCCCUCCCCCAUCCCCAACCCGAGGGCGGGGGUGACGGAAAGGGGCUCCCCAGCUCCCUCUCCAUUUAGGAUGCACAGGGGCCUUGGGAAAACCAGGGCUCACCGCGUCCUCCCCGAAAGCGGGUCAAGAAGCACAUACUAGAAAUAUAAACCGGGUAUUUAAAAAAAGAAAAGGAAUUUUCAGAAUAAUCCCUUCUUAGCCAGACCCCCCGACCGCCCCCCCCCCCAGAUCGCCCCUUCUAAAGUCGCCAUGUCCAGCGAGAUCCCUACAGUGUCCCCACCCAACACUAAGACCAACCCCAUCUGAUCGCUGACCUGCCACCACAGCCAAGAACCCAGCUGCCCCUCCUAGCGGCAGCCAGGAUUCCUUGUGCCAAGAAUUGCUUGCCUUAAUGUCUGGGAAGGGGGCCUGCAAUGGCGACCGCCCAGCACCAAAAGGCGAGCACCCUCUCCCACCCCAUCCCAGACUGGAGGGAUGGCACAUUCAAACCUGCCGGUCAACUCCAGACGC